AAAAAAGCCUCCUGUUAAAACAACUCAUCAAGGUGCAGUAAAUUUACGCAGAGCAAAAGUGCCAUUCCGGUAGAUCAUAUAGCUUGAUGUUGAUCCAGGAGGUCGUCAGCGCGAACGCCACCCGGCAGCACCAUACGAACGAUCCAUGAUCCGCGCCCGUCCUGACAUGAGCACCCGCGCUGGCAUAACGUAGUGUGUUUGUGUUGUGCAGGGUGACGGUGUGACGGUGGUGUUUCGGUGUAGAAGGCAAGCGGUGCGGUGUGUUCCGGCACCCGGAAGCAAACGCAAACGAGACGGACGACGUGACGAUUCCGUUCCGUCGUUCCUCAUGACGACCGCACCAAGAACGGCGCGACGAUCCGACAUUUUACUGAGUGAGACUAUCACCGGGCUGCCCGGUAUACCGGUGGACGUGUAAAACAUCGACAGCGCGAAGAAGAGCGGAUCGCAAAACAACUUGCCGACCGAGCACGGCGUCCUUUCGCGCUCAUCGAACCGAUAUCGGGAACGGAAGUCCGGGACUGACGUUCCCGGCAAAACGUCAAAACCAUCAUCGUUAACAUCGUACGGCGGAACGCUGCGGGAGCGCUCGGUGACACGACGUCUUCCCAUACCGGAAGGCAUCAACAGUGGAGGUGCCCCCGUUACCACCGGGCACCCGUUCGGUGCGAUGGAGCUGAAGGUAUGGGUCGAAGGAAUACAACGAAUCGUGUGCGGAGUCACGGAAGUCACCACGUGUCAGGAUGUCGUGUUUGCAUUGGCGCACGCCACCGGCAAAACGGGACGCUUUACGCUUAUCGAACGGUGGCGCAAUAACGAGCGUCUGCUGGCACCGCAUGAGAACCCGCUCAAGAUCCUUAUGAAAUGGGGCGAAUAUUCGAGUGACGUACAGUUCAUCCUGCAACGGUCCGAUCAGCAGCAACAGCAGAAGAAAGAUGCACAUCAGCAGCAGCAGCAGCAGCAGCAGCAGCAGCAGCAGCAUCAUCAAACGCCACCACCAUCAACGCAGGCUUCACAACAGUCCCAACAGCAGCUACUUCGCCAGCAGCAGAAGCUAAAUCAACUCAACAACAAUCAUAUCGGUGCGAAUGGCGGUGUUACGAAUGGCAAGCAUAGCGGUCCGACGUCACCCACAAGCCCCCACAACCAUCAGGGUAACAGCAACACCAGUCCCAUCAUCCCAAACGGUGUGCUUAGCACGCAUAUCAACAACAAUAACAACAUUAGCAGCCAACAUUAUGCACACCACCCGAGCAAUGGGGACGAGCAGCAGCAGCACCAGCAUCAUUCGCAGCAACAUCAGCACGCGAAGAGCAAACUUCAUCAAAACAAUCUAAAAAACAGCGCCAACAACCAACUUCAUCAACACGUGCACCACCAACAGCAGCAUCACCAACAUCAGCACCAGCUAUCCUCAUCGUCCACCUCGUCCGACCAUCAGCACCGGUCGCAUCAACAUCAGCAGUCGAACGGCGUCGGUGCGUUAAUUCGAACCGGAAAUGAUCCUUCAAAUGGGUCGCCGGGAGCCGGGCCAGGUGUGGCAACGGCGGCGAUGGCAAAGCAAUCGGAAUUGAUCAUCUCAAGCAGCAGCAAUGGUGGCAGCACGGGCGGUGCCCUGGAGCGUGGCAAGGAAACGAGGAAAAGUCUCAAUUCGUCCGGAUCAAGCGGAAAGACGGAACAGCACCAUCAUCAUCCGCAGCAGCAGCAGCAGCAGCAGCAGCUGCACCAUCAGCAAUCUCAGAAGCAUCAAGCGCAGACGAACCAGCAGACCCAAAACGUUGGCAUCGUUCGGGGCAUUGUCCAGCACCAGCAAAAGUUUACCCAUGUGCAGCGCCAUUCGCCCAGCUCGACAACGGUCGCGCUGACGAAGGGGGGUGGCGUCUCCACGACGGCGGCGGUGUCCAGUGACCACAGCAGCAGCAGCAACAGUAGCACCAGCAGCAGUGUGAGCAGUACCGCCAGCUCGAGCUCGAACGCGUCCUCAAACAAUACCAGCACGAGCAGUGGCAUCGGUGGUAGCGGAGGGAGCGGUGCAUCCGGAACUAGUGGCCAUCAUCCAAGUCAUUCCACGCAACAGCCACCGCCGGGCGCGACGACACCGGUCGAGGCGACGUAUGCCAGCGUGAUCAAGAAACCCAAAUCACACGCAGCAACACCGAGCGUCAACAAUGGCAACGCGACCACCGGUGGCAACAACGUGGUCGGUGAAUUUAAUGCGGCCGAUUUGCGCAGCUCGCUUGACCGCAAGGUGAACGGGCUGGUGUUUAGUAACGGGUUGAAUGAGCGCGUAACGCAACCGCCAUCGACGUCUCCCUCGGGAGGGAUGGCCGGAACGCAACAAUCGCCCGCCCCGAGCAGUAGCGUCAUCGUCGGUGCGACACUGAAGCCCGACCAUCAGCUACUGCACCACCAUCAUCACGGGACGAUGGGACGCCACUAUCACCAUACGCAGCUCCAGAAUCUGCUCUGCACGGACAAUCAGCAACAUCUGGACACGAGCAGUGUCAGCAGCAUUAGCAGCUCGAGCGUUGGAGGCGGUAACAACUCCAGCAACCAUCCGUCACUGCUGAACGGCAGUAGCUCCACGACCAACUCUCCCAUCACGGGCAUCUCCUCGAACGGGGCGCUGGUGCCACCGCCGUAUCGGGAUCCUCCGCCACCCCGGAACAGUCCACUCUCGCAUACGCUGACCAGCCUCAGCAGUACCGGCAGUGGUGGAACGGGUAGCAGCUCCCAAGGUAGAAGGCAGGAGAAGGAAGGCACGCUCACCAGCACAGGUGGAUCAUCGUCGGCUUCUUCGACCGUCUCGUCACUGGUCGUGGUAGGACCGAGCGGGCCAGAGGAAAUACUGGUAGGAAGUAGUGCGAGCGACAGCAUACCGCACGUGACGGGCUAUCGGGAGCUGAUGCAGCUUAUCAAGUUACAGCGCGAGAAAAUCAAUACCCAGCAGGCGGACCUGUCCAAGUACGAUACGGAGAUCGUUUAUCUGGAGAACCGCAGCCGCGAGCAGACCGAUCAGCUCGAUGCGAUCGCGCAGGAGAUCAGCAAGACGGAGCAGCAGUACCGGCAGACGGGUGACCAGCUGCAGGCAUACCAGUACGUCGAGGAGGAGAGCGAGCUGGUACGGCAGCAGGAGAAGACGCUAAAGUCGGAGAUAACGCUGCUCCGGUCAAAGUUGGCCAACUGUGAGACGGAGCUGUUGCAGUGCAAGAACAAGAUCCGGCUGCUGAUGGACGAGAUAUUGGUUGAGCAGCGCAAGUAUAGUCGACAGUACGAUCCGAACCGACAACAGCUGUUGGAGCGGGCUCUAAUGUGUGAAGUUGACAGGCUGCAGGUGGAGAUCGACCUGGCGGUCCAGAGCGCGGACCAGGCGAACAAGGCGCACGACAAGCUGAAGGGCGAGGUGACGCUGCUCGAGGGUGCGAUCGCGGACAAGAAGAAGCAGGUCGAGAAGCUGGUGCACGAGAUGAAGGAGGUGAAUCUGCAGAGUUUGGCGGUGGUGCCGCCCGCGGACGAGGUGCGCCACCUACUGGAAGGUGAGUCCGAGUUUGGCUCGGUCAAACCUGGCAGUACUCGGCGCAUGAUUGGAUCCCCCCGGCAGCUGGAAAAUGCGGUCCCGACGAGUAAAAAUCCGCACGGUGUAUGGGUUUAGAAAGGUGUAAAUGUGUCUACCACCCCCAAAAUCGCCCGUUGCCAUUCGCAACAGUGGCCGUCCAGAGGAUUCGCUUCGGGGUAGCUAACCGCAAGCAAAACGGCACACAACGCGGGGGGCGCGGAUAUUAUUCUUGUAAUCAAAAUAUGAUGGUAACCAUUCUCAAAUGUGAUAAUCGUUGGUAAGAGCAGAAAAAAGGUGGAGCAUUAGAUUGAGAUAAACAAAACAUGAAAGACAGCGCGUUUAGCAGCGCAAAAUCGGACGAAAGCUGACGCUGAAUUGAAGCAACAACAACAAAACACGGGAAAAUAUUACAAAAUAUCCACAUGCACACACGCACGUACACACUCACGCUAGGACACGUAUGCGCGGAAUUAGCUUGCCCAUUUUUUAUUUUCACUUAUCCGCUUCCUUUCUGUCUCCUGAGCGAGGAACUUCCUGCGUGCCAACGUUUCACAAAUAUGUUGAUAAAGCACAGGCAGCCAUGGAAGGGGAUGAUCAAGUAGGGUGAAGGGAAGAAACAGAUAUUUUAAGGGUCCAAACAAUGUCCACGCAGAUGCGACACAUACCGCAGGAGGAUGUUCGUACAAAACAAGAUCACAAAUGAAAUGGCUCCGUUGAAGGUAGUUCCAAAAAGUUCCAUGCUGCUGUAGGAGAUUGUUCGAAAUGGAAGCAGCGAAUAAUGAUGGUUUUGCGAUGGUUAAGAAUUACAACUAAGCUUUUGAUUGUUUUUUCACGAUAGCUUAAAGAGCUAUCGUGCAGUUGAGCUGCAGUAUAGCUUAAGAGUGGUCAGGACAGGCUAUCGAAACCCCUCCAGCAGCUCCGAAAUGCAAACAAGUCUUUUUGCGCGUUAAUGCGGCUUUACUCUUAUUGCCACUGGUCGUGUUUCCUUAACUAAAACGAAAAAUGCUUUAAAACACAACUUCUUGCCUGAUUAAAAUACGUCCUUAUGCGUGCAUGAGAUUGAGUGUGUGUGUGUGUGUGGGGGUGAGCGUAUGCGUCACAUAGUAAAUGUUUAUAGUUUGUUUUAUAUUUAUUACAAAUGUACCAAUAGUUUCAGUUUUAACUCCCUCCAUACGCGUGCACUCUUGCCACGGAGCUUUUUACACACGGUAAUGAAACGUAAUAGUGUGUAUAAAACAAAAUACCGUACCCUCAUCAGCCGUGUGCAAAGCAUUCCAUUGUGUUUUAUUGCCAUCAAGUGUUUCAAACACACGUAUGCCACACGUGCAGCAACGCGGCGCGCCUCCUAGGUUUUGCGUAAGAUAAAAGAGCUUUUAAUGCGCACGGGAAAAGCUGCUCCUGCAUCCUGCAUACGGGUUUUCCUUCUUUUAAUCCCCUCCCACAUACACACACACAAACACACAGACGGUCACAAACAUGAAUGGGUGGAUUCGGUACAGAUGGAUUUCAAACCGGAACUCCUGUGCAGUUGCACUUGGUUGCAUUAAAAUGCAAUCCACCAUCCGAGUGCCUACGUGGGGUUAGUCUUCAAAAUGGGUAAAAUGCGAAAAGGCGAUUUUUUAAUACAAAACCCCGUAUUUGUUGCCCGCUUAAGGCUUAAGUAUAGUUUUAAAAACAAAACAAACCGACGCAAUAUAAGAGAUAACUGUAGAUUUCAUAUUACUUCUUAAGUAGAAAUAUGUUUAAGUUUAGCCAGUGCUUAAAAAGGAUUAGCCGUCGCGGGUGUGCGUGUGUGUGUGUGUAUAUAUAUUUCGUUUGCUUUUACUUCGAUCUGUUCCGUAAACAUACAUUGAAACUGCGGAAUAGAUGCACAUUUAAUGUGGUAAUCAGAAAGAAAAACUUAAAUCGAACCAAUUGUUGUGCAAAUAAGCGUUUCCUUACUUGUUUAGCUGGUAGAGAAAAAAAGAACAGUGCAAGAUAGGGAUACAAACCGGAUUCUCCGUUUUUUUAUAAGUUAAACUGUUAAUAGUACCGUAACAAGUAGUAAUAAGUGGAUCCGUUUGUUUGUUUUUUGUUUUUUCGGUACAUUAGUUAAGAGGAAAGUUUAGAAAGGAAAACAACAAAAUUACACCAACAUCCAGCGUAUUAGCGCUGUAACGAAACUAAAACCACCUGUGCGUACCAGAAGCCAUGUCGGCCUCGUUCAUUUUAAAGUACGCUUCACAGCUGUACGUGUGUAUGUAUGUAUGUAUGUGCGAAGUUUAUUGUUACCUGCUGCUGUAUUGAGCAGAGGGUCUACUUAAAGCAAAGGAAUUGUUUGUGUUUCCACACCAAUAAUUAAAUUACUUUAAACGUUUCAUUUUCUGCCCCGAGCAACGGUUUCAAUGUCGAGUUAUUUAAAUCAGUUUAGGUUUUUUUUUGAAUUAAUCCCUUUGGCGAGGCACGAUUAAAUGCAUAUCAACAACGUAUGUUUAAACAUGUUUUGAAACUCGAAAUUAUAUUAUCUAUUUGUUCCCUGUAAAAAAAAUGUUAUAACCAAAAUUGUCGAACUCAUCAAGAAAACAAAAGCUAUAUCAUGUAAAUGAAACACCAAAACCACUUUAAAAAAAAACAAACAAACAAACCCUAGCAAGAAAACAAAAUUUUAAUUUUAAAGGCAAAUGGUUGUAUAAAGUGUACUUUAGAUCUGUUGACCUAUGUAUCAGGUGCAUCAGAUAAAAAUGCACUCCCCAAAACGGGAACGAUUCGGUUUUCGGGAAGUAUACAGUCAUUUGUAGAGUACCGUGCCGGAACGCGGAGAGAUUACUGUUGUUUUUUUUUAAGCAAACAAAACAGAAGAGGAUAAGAAUAAGCAAAUGAAAGUAAAAUAGGCGGACAAACAAACCAACAACCCAACAAACUGCUAACGAACCCCGUUGCCUCAGCAAAGUUAUUCGGGUUUCUAAAGGUCCUUGACGGUGUAUUUUUUCCCGUCGAAGUCUCUGCAUCGUCGGACUAGUGCUACUAAUGCUACUGCUAUCGCUCGUAUUGCUGCUGCUGCUGCUGCUUCUCGCAAUGUCCGUAAGGAUGAUGCAUCUGGCGGAUAGAGAGCCCAUAGUAAAUCGUAGUUAAUCCACAUUCAAAUACAAAACUGACGUUUGCUUUGGAAAUGUGUGUAACGUGCUUGGAGCGAACCGUGAAACGAUAUACCGAAUCAGGAACAAAAUAAACAAAAAAAAAACAUAGUUGUUGAAUGUUGAAAGUUUGAGACAAUACUUUUACAUACACACACAAUAAAUGUAAAAAAUACAGACGAAAGUUAUACUCUCUACUCUACAAAACGGUACUGCACAGCGCGCACUAACCCCUGGUUAGUUUGUUUGAUUCUGUUUUCUACUUGUGUGCCUCCUUCGGAUAUGUUAUGUUAUCCUGUUCAAUGGAAGAAAAUGUGCGGAUUGCAUUAAUUAAAGCAGAAACCAUACUAAAUCAAAAGCCAGAUUGUAAGCGCAAUCUCUCACACACUCUGUCUUUCUCACUCUCACUCUCUUCGCACCGUAGGCGAGAAGAGAGCACAAUACGAGACGAGGUGUUUGCCUCUGUUUUAUUUGCGUUUAGUGGAACACCUCAUCAAAGAUGGAUAUAUUUACGUAUUCAUAUAUAUACUAUAUAUACACAGUAGCAAUAUUAUUCUUGCUAUCUUUUUACACACACACACCCAUUAACACAAGACAUACACCUGCACACAAAAUACACCUUUUACUUCAUCUCUUUACAUUUCGCAAAUAUUUAAAUAGAUGGAUAAAACGAGUUUAAAACUCACCACGACCGAACAGCCGCAUCAUAGAAAAAAUUCUAAAUAAAUAAAUUAUUGAAAACGAAAGGAAGAAAACGCAACAUAAAAAGAUGGAACAACGUUUUUCAAAGAUUUCUGGCAAAAGAAAAGUGAUUGAAGAAAGCAAACAAAAUAUUUCGAAAAAGAAAAUGAAAUUAAAUGGUGGAAAGAGAAAAGGAUCGAAAAAAAGAAAAGACAACAAACCUUAAAGAGCUUAAACAUAUUGUAAAAAAAAAACAAAAAGGACACAUAUAUUCCCACACGUACAGAUAUACCAAACGAACGGAAUUGGCAUUGAAAGGUAAAGAAGUUUCAAACCAAAAUACACAGAGGUGAAGCAAGCAUUAAAAACAUGAACGCAAAAAAGUGAAACAAAACACAAGAAUAUAUAGCUAUGAUAAAUAAAGAAAUUAAAACAAAAACCGCCCUGAAUUCAAACUUUGUUAAAGUAGUCUGAGUUUAGAAAGGGAUGUGUAGAAGGAGAGAAUAGUGUUAACGAAGGAAAUUGAAGGUGCCUGUAUGCUUGAAUUGAACACAUGGAUCAACCAUCAGCAUAACAAUUCGCUCGGAGUGUCUGCUGUUGCUUUAUUGUUUCUUAUUAGCAGUCUUGAUUCGUUACGGAUGUGUGAAAAACUAUGUUUUGACGAAUAAUUAAAUUAAGCAUUUUGCUACGUACGCAAUGAAAACGUAAGAAACGAUAAAAAGAAUAGAUGAAAUAAGAAUACAAAAGAAUGUCAAAGAUAUGUUGAAAUUGAAGGAAAACAGAUAUAAGAAUCGAGUACAUUUAUGUAAGCGAAGUGCUUUUUGUUUCAUUUAUAUAAUAGCUAAAGAAAGAAGAGCUGUAAUAAGAGCUGAAAAGCAAAGGGAAGUGAGAGUGUGGAAACAUAUGAAAAAAAAAAAUCAAUAACAACAAAACCAACAUUGGAACACUAGAUGGGAGAAUGUUUUAAACAGGAGGGAAACGGUACACUCCGCUGGAAGGAUGGUUUUAGUAUAAUUAGUUGCAAAACAAACAAACAAACACAGUAGAAUCCAUUAUCAUUGCCUUCUCCUUCCUAGAUUGUAGUAAAGUUGUACGUUCAAUGUGUUUUACGCCACAUCGUAUUCAUCGGAUAGCAUUCCCCUUUUUAAAUGUACUUACCUUAGGUUUAGUUUAAGUAGAUGAAUUUAUCUUAGCAAACCGAGCGGGGUCAUGGCUAAUAAGAAGGAAAUGGUAGAGAAAAAGCCGCCACAUGCUUGCGUGUGUGUACUUUUACUUAUUCCAUCAUUGUAAAAUUUUCUAUUAAUUUUGUUCUAAUUUCACGUGGCUUUUGUUGUGUUCCCUGUAAAAACACAAACCAUCUGAAUCGAUGUAUGUACUAAGAUGCAAGAUUGUCUGUUUUAGAGACUGGCCAAAACCCAGUGGAGACAUAGAGAAGCAGG